AUGACCAAGAAAUUCAUUCUCAACACCACCUGUGAGGGACCGAACCCUUCCAAUUCCUCAAGAUCGCAGGAAAACCCUUUGAUUCACCAAAACAUCACCUAUGUUGACUUUUACCUCCACAAGCCCUCUGUGGCUGCCGUCUUCACUGUCUCUUACCUGCUCAUCUUCCUGGUGUGCAUGGUGGGCAAUGGGGUGGUGUGUUUCAUCGUGCUGCGCAGCAAGAACAUGCGCACAGUCACCAACCUGUUUAUCCUCAACCUUGCCAUCAGCGACCUGCUGGUUGGCAUCUUUUGCAUGCCAACUACGCUGGUGGACAACAUCAUAACAGGAUGGCCAUUUGGUAGCAUAGUGUGUAAGCUAAGUGGUAUGGUUCAAGGAAUAUCUGUGUCAGCAUCUGUCUUCACUCUCGUGGCAAUAGCUGUUGACAGGUUCCGCUGCAUUGUCUACCCUUUCAAGCAGAAGCUGACCAUUGCCACCUCAAAGCUAAUUAUCAUCAUCAUAUGGGUCCUGGCUGUGUCCAUCAUGUGUCCCUCUGGGGUCAUGCUCCAGGUCACAAAAGAGCAGAGGGUGCGAAUAGUCCUUGGCGGCAACAACGACACCAGCCCCUUCUACUGGUGCCGAGAAAAUUGGCCCAAUCAGGAAAUGCGGAAAAUCUACACCACGGUCCUCUUUGCUAACAUCUACCUUGCUCCUCUUAGCCUUAUCGUUGUCAUGUACGCCCGCAUCGGCUUCACGCUCUCCAAGACUGUUAUCCCUCAGGUGAGGGGCAGUGGAAGUGCGUCUGAAGAGGGCGGCUGCAACAGCAAAUCUAGCAUGGAGGGUCGUCACACGAUUUCGAAGAGGAAGAAUAGGGUGAUAAUGAUGCUCCUGAUUGUGGCUCUGCUCUUCAUCUUGUCCUGGCUUCCUCUAUGGACCCUGAUGAUGCUGAGUGAUUAUGCCAGCCUGACAGAGCACCAAUAUCGUGUCAUAAACAUCUAUGUGUAUCCCUUAGCUCACUGGUUGGCCUUCUUCAACAGCAGCGUCAACCCCAUCAUCUACGGAUUCUUCAACGAGAACUUUCGCAGAGGCUUUCAGGCUGCUUUCAAGUUCCAGCUGUGCUCUGAGGGAAUUGGGCGCCAGAAGACCUUCUCCCAUCGAAUCCGAGGGAACGCUGUCCUCCCAGUCCAGCCUGUUGUCCUCAAUAGAUCAAACUCAAGAGCCAGUUCAGUGUUAGUAGAGAAUGGGAAGUCCUUAUGUCAGCAAGGGGGGAGCUUAACUGCUAAAGAACAGGACCUGAUAAUGGAGGACCUGGAAAAGGUGUCCCAGAUUUAGGGAGACUGAGACAGCACAGGGUCACUUUCAAAGGAUCAGAGGUUUUUGGAGAAUCAUGUAUUGCAUUUCAAGGGCAAUGAAAAACAGGCUUUGGAAAUGAUGAUACUCUUUGUAUAUUUGUCCAAGUGAAUGUACUUGCAAGCCAGCCUUGUCUCCUAGAAAUUACGUUUAUAUCAGCCCAUUCUCAUUCCCAGGCAUGUGAUUAAUGGCAAAGGCACCCUUACCCCUAGCCUCUCAUAAAGAUACCCCUAGUAUCUUUAUGAGAGGCUCCAC